CGCGCCGGGUCCGGCCUGAGUUUGGUACCAGCAGAGGUCUGCCCGGCGUCGCGUUCUGGCUUUUGGGGCCCCAGGAUCCCGUUUUGGGCAGACGGGGCAGACGAGGUGGAGGCAGAGCCGGUCAUAUUGGCAGGUGAAGGGCGCGGGGCGGGGCACGGCGGCGGGAGUGCGCGGCAGGGGGCGGCCAGGAGGCCUCCGGCACGUCCAAACCCGGAACUCGCUGUCGGGCUGCCUACAGGAGUGAUGAAGGCACUGAUCUUGGUGGGAGGCUAUGGAACGCGGCUUCGGCCACUGACGUUAAGCAUCCCGAAGCCACUGGUAGACUUCUGCAACAAGCCCAUCUUGCUGCACCAAGUGGAGGCUCUGGCUGCGGCAGGCGUGGACCACGUGAUUCUGGCUGUGAGCUAUAUGUCUCAGGUAUUAGAGAAGGAAAUGAAGGCGCAAGAAGAGAAGCUAGGAAUCCGCAUCUCCAUGUCCCAUGAAGAGGAACCUUUGGGGACAGCUGGGCCCCUGGCACUGGCCCGUGACUUGCUGUCUGAGACUGAAGAUCCCUUCUUUGUCCUCAACAGUGAUGUGAUAUGUGAUUUCCCCUUCCAAGCCAUGGUGCAGUUCCACCGGCACCAUGGUCAGGAGGGCUCCAUUGUGGUGACCAAGGUGGAGGAACCCUCCAAGUAUGGUGUGGUGGUAUGUGAGGCUGACACCGGCCGAAUUCACCGGUUCGUGGAGAAGCCACAGGUGUUUGUGUCCAACAAGAUCAACGCAGGCAUGUACAUUCUGAGCCCUGCAGUGCUGCAGCGCAUCCAGCUGCAGCCCACAUCCAUUGAGAAGGAGAUCUUCCCCGUCAUGGCCAAAGAGGGGCAGCUCUAUGCCAUGGAAUUGCAGGGCUUUUGGAUGGACAUUGGGCAGCCCAAGGAUUUCCUCACUGGCAUGUGCCUGUUUCUGCAGUCGCUUCGACAGAAGCAGCCUGAGCGGCUUUGCUCAGGACCUGGCAUUGUGGGCAAUGUGCUGGUGGACCCGAGUGCUCACAUUGGACAGAACUGCAGUAUUGGUCCCAACGUAAGUCUGGGCCCUGGUGUGGUGGUGGAGGAUGGCGUAUGUAUCCGGCGGUGCACGGUGCUGCGGGAUGCCCACAUCCGCUCCCACUCCUGGCUUGAGUCCUGCAUUGUGGGCUGGCGCUGCCGUGUGGGCCAGUGGGUGCGCAUGGAGAACGUGACAGUGCUGGGCGAGGAUGUCAUAGUUAAUGAUGAGCUCUACCUCAAUGGGGCCAGCGUGCUGCCCCACAAGUCUAUUGGCGAGUCAGUGCCGGAGCCUCGCAUCAUCAUGUGAGGGUGCACGUGAGGCUGGUGGAGUCCCUAUUUCCCCAUCAGCAAGGGAAUACUGGCUUCACACAUCAGAAGUCCCUGGACUCAUUGCCAUUUGUUUGGGGAAGAUUGGAUGAGGCUGAUGUUGUACACCUGCCUUCUAGUGGGUGUAUCUGGCAGGAUCCCUGCUGGAUGAACCGCACGAGCCCCUCUCCUCAAGAAGCCUGGGGCCAGGGCUAUAUGGAAUAAUAAUUUAAUACUCACUGUG